AUGCAGACAGCAUUUGAUGUAGAAAGAAAUGUUGUGCUUGGCAAGAAAGAGAAAGGUACUUCCCAUCAAGGUGGCUAUUCCCAUGAAGCUGUGGUCCAUGCAUUGCGAAACUGUGGCAUUCGUCAUAUUGACACAGCAAAAAGAUAUGGCUGUGAAUCUCUUCUCCAAAAAGCUAUCGAAGAGAGUGGUGUGAAGCGAGAGGACCUCUGGAUAACUACCAAACUAUGGCAUAGUGAUUAUGGCUAUGAAAACACAAAAAAAGCCUGCUUGGAGUCAUGUGAGAGACUUGGCGUUGAGUAUCUUGAUCUUUAUUUAAUGCACUGGCCUGACACACAUGUUCUGGGCAAAAGCAAUCGAGAGGUCCGAGCUGAAACCUGGAGAGCCAUGGAGGAGCUCUAUGAGCAAGGUCUGUGUAGAUCAGUUGGUGUAAGCAACUUUCUUAUCAGUCAUCUUGAGCAACUAAAAGAAGACUGUGUGAUUACUCCACAUGUUAAUCAGGUUGAAUACCACCCUUUCCAAAGACCUCAGGAGCUUGUCAAUUAUUGUAGGAGAAGAGAGAUUGUUUUUGAAGGCUACUGUCCUUUAGCCAAAGGGCAAGUGCUCACUCAUCCUAGUAUCAUUCAGCUGGCAAAGAAAUAUGGCAGGACUCCAGCACAGAUUUGCAUCCGGUGGAGUAUACAGAAUGGGAUUGUCACUAUUCCAAAGUCCACAAACGCAGAAAGGAUACAGGAAAACUGCAGGGUGUUUGAUUUUACAUUAGCAGAAGAUGAUGUUGAAAUUCUGAAUGGAAUGCACGAUGGAAGACAUGUUUCCUGGGACCCAAGCCUUGUUGUGUGAAUGAAGGUUUGAGCUUUUUCCUUUGUCGGUGAUCAGUCACAUCAUGUAAUUUAAAUUCAAAGAAGGCUACAAUAAGAAUGCAAUCAUAAGAUUAAUGGCUGCUGUUAAUGGCUGAUUUUAAAUCCAAAACAUUGAGAACCAGCCAAAUAUUUUUGGAGGGUAGCACUUUUGUACUGAGAUCUUACAUUUCCAUCUCAAAUCUUGAUCCAUAGUCAAAUGAAGCCCGUACAAAACCUCAUCUCUAUGCCAUUCACCCUGCAUUAGGCUAUUUAAUCAAAGA